GUGACACACACCCUCCCCUCCCCAAGGAUGUAAUUGGAGCAGACAGCAGUUGGCCAGGCUGGCCUGACUGACAGACAACAACAGUCCAAACUGACCAAACCAAAACUUACGCUGAAGAGUUCUAGUGAGCUGCACUGGAAAAGAAGACAAAGAAAAACAUACCUUUAAGAACUUGGAUUAAUCGACGUGUUAGGAUCUGUUUUUUUUGUUUUGUUUUGUGGAGGAGAGACCUUUUUGGUUUCAGGGGUCGCCAUGAAAAGUCUGGAUCUGUUCCUGAUGGCAUGCUGCUUAUGCCUGAGCCUGAGCACACUGGGAGAUGCAUCUGAUGUGGAGAAGGCUCUGACGAAGAAGCUCUUUGCCAACUACAAUCUUAAGGUGCGGCCAGCAGCCAGCCCUGAAGAAAGGGUGGUGGUUCGUGUGGGUAUGAUCCUCUCCUCCUUCGUUGGACUGAAUAUGAAAAAUGAAGAAAUGAGCACAAUUGUUGUCAUGAAUCUGGAAUGGACAGAUCAUCGGUUGUCAUGGAAACCCAAGGAGCAUGAUGGGAUAGAGGUGUUGCGUAUCCCGUCUGGGAAGGUUUGGCUGCCUGACAUUGUCCUCAUCAAUAAUAAUGAUGGGGUGUUUGAUGUGGCCCUGCAUGUCCAUGUUCAGGCUUAUAGCAAUGGCAGAGUAACCUGGACUCCCCCUGCACUCUACUGCAGCUCUUGUGGAGUAAAGGUAACAUAUUUCCCAUUUGACUGGCAGAACUGCACCAUGCAGUUCCGCUCCUACACGUAUGACUCGACCGAGAUCGACAUACAGUAUGCACUGGACUCAAAAGGCAACGAGAUCAGGGAGAUCCAACUGGACGAAGCUUACAGUGAGGGAGGCGAGUGGCAAAUCAGACACAAGCCGAGCAGGAAGAACCUAAAUGACGAUCUGUAUGAGGACAUGACCUUCUACCUGAUCAUCGAGAGGAAGCCUCUGUACUACGUCUUGAACAUCAUCCUCCCCUGCAUCCUCAUCACCAUCAUCGCCAUCUUUAACUUCUACCUGCCACCUGAUGCAGGCGAGAAGAUGGGUCUGUCGAUCAACGUGUUGCUCACCCUCACUGUGUUCCUGCUGCUGCUGGCUGAUAAGAUCCCAGAGACUUCACUGGGUGUCCCCAUCAUUGUCAACUACAUCAUGUUCACCAUGAUCCUGGUCACAUUUUCUGUCAUCCUCAGUGUGGUCGUCCUCAAUCUGCACCACCGCUCACCCAACACUCACCUGAUGCCCAUGUGGGUCCGCAAGAUCUUCAUCCACAUGCUGCCUCCUUACCUAGGCAUGCUGCGACCAAAAGUAGAGACCCCCCUGUCCCUGGAGACCAUGCCCCGCCGAGAGAAAAAGAUUGUCGCCAUCAGCAAGGUGGCUGAUGAAUACUUCAUCCGCAAGCCCGACUCCUCCAUCUUGUUCCCCAAGCCCAACAGGUUUCAGCCAGAGGGCAUGUGUACAGAUCUGAGAAAGUUCAUUGACGGCCCUAGUAGCUACCUCACACUACCUGACGAGCUCAAGUCAGCCAUAGAGGCCAUCACAUAUAUCGCUGAGGCUCUGCAGGCUGAGAAGGACUAUGAAGCUCUGAAGGAGGACUGGCAGUACGUGGCCAUGGUGGUGGACCGCAUGUUCCUCUGGAUCUUCGUCGUCUUCACCACUGUGGGCACCUUAGCCAUCUUCGCCGAUGCCAGCUUCAACCACACACCCACUGACCCCUUCAAAUCCCCCUGAAGCUGUGGGACGUUUGGUUUUCUUGAGCUAUACCCAUCCUGAUUUACCACCUCAGUAAAUAGGGAGGAAGAAAUCACUGUAUUAAAUGGCUAAAUGAUUCUCUGGAUGUAGUUCACCAUCGGCCCAUUGUGCCAACAACUGAGAAACUCUUAUACAGUAUGUACUCCAGGCAAGAAACUUGUACACCACACCUAACAUGUUUUCCACUGUGAUCUUGUGUCUUGGAAUGCACUGCCAAUUUGCUUUACUUUCUCUGACUGGCAAUCCCCAAAUGACCUCAAGAUGUUGAUCUUAUUCAUUCGCCUUUAGUGUAGACAGUAUCAAAUGUUGAAAUACAUCUUGACAAUAUUCCAUUAUCGUGUCAAACUAUAAUUUCUAAUACAACACUUUCAUUCUUGGCCAUAUGGAAUUCAAAGACUGUGAUUUUAAAUUCGUAAGUCUCAGACUUGGAACCCAUAAAGCAUAAGUCCUGUUCAACCAGUUCUUGACCCUUAGCUGCACCGCUGCUUCCAGACCAAAGUUGACAAAAUUUGACGAACCAGGUCACUAACAUUUGAACAUUAAGCUUGAACAGAAGGGCAUGUAUCUUUAUUCUACCUACCCUUAGAGGAUGACAUGUUUGCUGUAAGCUGUCAAUAAUUCUGCAUUCAACCUCAAUUUGUAAGGAAAUGCAAAUGAAUGAGCAUCUUGAUGUUUCUCAGCUGAAUGAGCAGCAGUGCUCAAGAACAUCUUGGCCUCAGUUUUUUUUUUUUUGCUUUAAUCACAUGAAAAUGUCUUGCCAAUAAGAAAUAUUUGGACAGAUCUCUUGACAUAGAUCAUUUAAAUUAGCCAAAACUGCAUUAUGUGUUCAAGGACAUCGAUAAUUGCAUGAAAUAUACCAACCAAGCCAUUGUCAGUGUACCUGACAUGUAUAAAUACAUAAAUCUAAACUACUGGUGUGUUUUUUAGUGUAUUAGCUACAGUAGGACUCUAGGUCUGAAGAGUGUGGAUCCAAUCUUGGAUUUUCACAUGUGGUGUUCACACAUAAACACCAAGACAAACCA